UCAGAGUCACGUGACGUAACAAGCGCGUGUGUUGCUAUGUGACGCCGGUGUAGGAGCCGAGCUGCUACAAUGGAGUAGUCAAAUCCGAGGGACGAGAUAGAACAGGCGGAACAAGCACUGAGAGCCCCCGAAACAAACACAGCUAUGUCAGAAGUAGACGAGACGUACUCGCGUGGAGAAGGCUUCCCCGACAAAGCGGAAUUCGAACGAAUUCGGGAACGAGGAAGGGACCGCCUCCUUCAGCUGUCCAAGCCGAAGGAACCUAAGGUAGAAUGGUGGACCAGCGUUGGGCCGAAUGUGAAGUGGGGCACCCAGGACAUGCUUUGGCCAAUCCCCAAGUCUGCCAUGACAACGCUGGCUUCAAACAGGGUGUCCGAGCUAGCGACACCAAAAAGGAACUUCCAGAAAGAAACCAACAUAGACAAUCACCCCCUGUUUUACUAUAGCUGUGGGCGAUCGUCGGUGCUAUGGAACGUAAGCCCUAAAGCCAUGGCGUCGGCGGCAUCGCAGAGAGUCAUGGAACUGGCCAAACCCAAAAGGUCACAUCAGGAAUAUAUGGAACACAGGCCACAGUUCUUCUACAGCUGCGGCAGGUCGAGUCCAAUCUGGGACGUGGAUGAAGGCGCUGCUGGGUGUGGAGACCGAGCCCGCACAGUUCAACUGGCACAACACAAACCCUACCAUAAAGACUUCCAGUCCAGCAGACAGGUGCAGACUGUCAUCCCUUCUCCUGCACUCAAAGCUCGGACAUCCGAGAGGAUCGAAUCUCUCGCCACACCCAAGGACAGGAACCCGGGGCCCUUCAGAGAACCACAAUGGACUGUGAGUGCUGCUGCCAAGAACUCCUCAGCCAGCACCAGGAGCAUGGAGUUGGCCCGAGCCAAGGGCACCACCGAGGGCUUCCAGCCUGCCAAGGAGGUGGAAUGGCCCGUCACACGAGCAGCGAAACGUGCAGUAGCUUCAAGCCGAUUGGAUGAACUCUCACAACCUAUUGUGCGAGCAUCAAUGGACCAUGUGCAAUUCAAUCCCGAUGCAUUUGUAGUGAGAGAAUCGGCUCUGAAGGGCGUGGUGCCUCGGCGAAUCGAGGACUUGGCACAACCCAUCCAGAGGGGUUAAAAUGGCUGGGGUACAGGGGGUUACAGGAUAUAGGGUUAACAGGAAUUAUUGAACGGAGGGCUAAAUGGGACAUAACUUUCUAAAUAAGCAAAAUGUGAAUUUAAAGAACGUAACUUUAAUUAGAAAUGCCAUCAACAUUAUACAUGUGUUGGAGUGUUCAAACUUGAUAAUGUAGUUUUAUCAGAGUCUCUUAAUCUCUUUUGAUGAACAAUGUCAAUUGAUGCCUAUGAUUUCCACAAGAAUGGUUCCUUGCUGUUUUCAGAAUAACCACCUGAAGACAGACAACUCAUUUCAUAAGGCGUCAGCGCCAGGUGAAAUACAUUUGUCCAUUAUUUGUGCUUUCUUUGACUGGACAAAUGAUACGAUUUUGAGUUCCUACUCCCAAGAUUUCAGCUGUUCGUUUUCUAUGUUUAUCGUUAAUGUGGCAAUAUCUAAUGUUUACUUCUGUUUCCUUGGUUACCAUCAAAUUACAUUUCUAGACUACCAAUCGUAAUUCAGUAGUCAUUCUACAGAGAUGCCAACCAUUACAAUUUUUGGCAUAUUUACUGAUUUUGAGUUUAAACAUUUGUUGAUACUUUGUCCCCCUGCAAAUCAUGAUUCGCAAAUUGUUUACAUGCAUAAUUAUGGACAGCAAAUUGUUAAUACAACCGUAACAUUCUACAGCAAGACUAUGCUGACCAAUGAGAGCCAUGCUUUCAAUUCACAGUGUUAAAAUAUCAAUUACUCAGCGGUAUGAGGUCUUGGACAGAGAGUUGUGUUAAAACACACUCAAAACAUUUUAUCAGUCAAUCUUUGCGGUGCAGACAGGGAAUGAAUGGUAUUGUUAAUGUUACUCCUUUUUCCGCACUUAAUACUCCAAAGCUUCAAUCAGGGUUGGCAUUGCUGGUUAUGGCAUCAUGUGAUUCUUUUGUUCCAAGAAAUCUCAUCACUGAUUUUGCAGGACAAGUUUAUCAUUGAGCCUAAGAGAGAGUAUUACGUAAACCAUUCAGUAUUACAGUUUUUUUUCAUUGUACAGGAGUUGAUUGUAUUUAUUUUGUGUAUAUUGAUGUAAUAUUAUUGCUGCCUUUUCGAUGCAGCCAUGAUAAUACCAGCCUGAAACUUUUGUACAUUAAAUAUGGUAUAUGCGUAAUAUUUUUAUAUUUAUUUUCUAAAUAAUCAUAAUCACUGUGGAACAACAUGCACAGCGCUAGCCAUUGACAGACCAGUCUCCAGGCAAUGUGAAUCACUUAAGAAAUGACUGUAAUAUGUAACAUUGUAAUAACUGGCUGAAUGUAAUACAAGAACAGCUGCCAUGCAGUUGGAACUGUUGUGGUUCAUUCCUACAACAUUUUCCUUUCAAAACAACUUUAGUCUGAAAUCUGAUGACAUCCCCAGUUGUCACUUGUAUUGUGUCAACAUAAAAUAACUGACCAUAAUUUCAUCAAUCUGAAACAAGCGUGAAUAUGGGUGUUAAUAGUUCCUGUGCCUAAUGGUCACAGAGGGGCGUGUCAGUGUUUUUCCAUGACAAAUUUAUUUAUUUGCAAUAACCUUGAUAACCUUCAACAUAUCUCAGUCUAUGUGCUUGUAAAUAAAUUGUUUUUGUUUUGAACAUU